UCACCAGGUCACCUCCGCCGGGGCACCCUAUAGCGCGGGCGUGAUUCUGCAUUUUUCAUGACAGGCAAGGUGUGGAGCCGCCCUUUGUAGCACAUCCAGGGCCAGGAUGCGGCUGGGCCGCAGGGCCCUCUGCGUUCUGGUUCUGCUGCUCGCCUGCGCCUCGCUGGGGCUCCUGUACGCAAGGACCCGGGACGCGCUGGACCUCCGGGUGCCUCUUGCGCUGUGGGCGCCCCUGCAGGGUCCCCCCAGGCCAGAGCUGCCAGACCUCGCCCCUGAGCCCCGAUAUGCCCACAUCCCCGUCAGGAUCAAGGAGCAAGUGGUGGGGAGCCAAUCUGCUGCUGACCAGCUGCUCAUUGCCCCAGCCAACUGCCCCCUACAGUACCCCGUGCAGGGUGUGGAGGUACAGCCCCUCAGGAGCAUCUUGGUGCCAGGGCUGAGCCUGCAGGCUGCUUCUGGUCAGGAGGUAUACCAGGUGAACCUGACUGCUUCCUUGGGCACAUGGGAUGUGGCAGGGGAAGUGACUGGAGUGACUCUCACAGGAGAGGGGCAGCCAAAUCUCACCCUCACCAGCCCAGGACUGGACCAACUCAAUCGGCAGCUGCAACUGGUCACAUAUAGCAGCCGAAGCUACCAGGCAAACACAGCAGACAAAGUCCGGUUUUCCACCGAGGGACAUGAAGCAGCCUUCACCAUUCAUAUAAGACACCCCCCCAACCCUCGGCUGUACCCACCUGGGUCUCUACCACAGGGAGCCCAGUACAACAUUAGCGCUCUGGUCACCAUUGCCACUAAGACCUUCCUUCGUUACAAUCGGCUUCGAGCACUCAUCGCCAGCAUCCGCCGCUUCUACCCGACCGUCACUGUGGUCAUCGCCGACGACAGCGACAAGCCAGAGAUCAUUAGCGGUCCCCACGUGGAGCACUAUCUCAUGCCUUUUGGCAAGGGCUGGUUCGCAGGCCGGAACCUGGCCGUGUCCCAAGUAACCACCAAGUACGUGCUGUGGGUGGAUGACGACUUCAUCUUCACCGCCCGGACGCGGCUGGAGAGGCUCGUGGACGUGCUGGAACGGACGCCUUUGGACCUGGUUGGGGGCGCGGUGCGCGAGAUCUCCGGCUUCGCCACCACCUACCGGCAGCUGCUGAGCGUGGAGCCCGGCGCGCCGGGCCGCGGGAACUGCCUCCGGCAAAGGCGUGGCUUCCACCACAAGCUCCUCGGCUUCCCAGGCUGCGUGGUCACCGACGGCGUGGUCAACUUCUUCCUGGCACGCACCGACAAAGUGCGCGAGGUCGGCUUCGACCCGCGCCUCAGCCGCGUGGCGCACCUGGAAUUCUUCCUGGAUGGACUUGGUUCCCUUCGGGUGGGCUCCUGCUCAGAUGUUGUUGUGGAUCACGCAUCCAAGUUGAAGCUGCCUUGGAUAUCAAGGGACGCUGGGACAGAGACUUAUGCCCGGUACCGUUACCCAGGAUCACUGGACGAAAGUCAGGUGGCCAAACACCGCCUGCUCUUCUUCAAACACCGGCUGCAGUGCAUGACAACGGAGUGAUGGCCACACAGGGCCUUCCAGCUGUCAGGCUGGGCCUGCUUCCUUGUCCCUGCCAGGAAUUUCUAGCAACCCCACUACCCAGUGACCACUUCACUGACUGUCCCCAAUCCCCUUCAGAACCUGAUCCCAAAUAGGGGCUUGUCCUGGUGACACUUCUGUUUGUGAGUGCCCAGGGGCAUGAUGGAGCCAUAACUUGUCCCACAGCCAGUGCCAAGUCCUCCCUCCACCCCUUCUCAUGGAGGUGGGGAGUCACUUUCCAAGUGCCAAAGAGCCCAAAGGACUCUAAGAACCUAAAGUAGAAACACUCAUCUCCUGGGGACUGAGUGGGUGGGGAAGCCCCCAGUGUGUAUUCCCAGGGCUGUAUCCCCUCCCUCAUCUCUGGAUCCAGGACUGUGCAUCGGCUGCAGCCC